CCGUGCGUCUGAACUGAACUGUGUGGCCUGACUCCCCUCCCCGCGGGCGGUCUCGGUAGACCCUUUCCCCGCCUUCUUCAAGGGAUCUGGCGGUCCCGGGCCGCGCGGCACUCGCAGCAGGCAACAGCAGGAUGGCCAGGGCGGCGACUGUGGCCCCACGCUUUCUGUGCGCGCUUUGGCCGCGGGCCCCUCGCUCGAGCCCCGCGCGGGCCGCGGCGGUAGAUGCUCCCCGAAGGUUCGCGGCUGCGGCGGCACCUACUCGCCGCCUAGACCUGCGGGGUAUCUAUCCGCCUCUCGUCACCCCUUUCACGUCCCAAGGUCGUGUAGAUUAUGCCCGGUUGCAGGAGAAUCUGCGCCUCUACACCGAGAUUCCCUUCCGAGGUUUUGUAGUACAUGGUUCCAAUGGGGAAGCUCCCUAUUUGACACGGGAGGAAUGCCUGGAAGUAGUGAUGCGGGUGCGCCAAGCUGUGCCUAAGGAAAAGCUGCUGCUUGUUGGGUCAGGAUGUGAAUCAACUCACUGCACCAUUGAGAAAACAAAACAAAUGGCUGACAAGGGUGCUGAUGCUGCUCUCGUGAUAACUCCUUGCUACUUCCGUGGAAGCAUGACCAGUAGUGCCUUGAUCCAUCAUUACACACAGGUGGCUGAUGCAUCUCCAAUCCCUGUGAUACUCUACAGUGUUCCAGCCAACACGGGCCUGGAACUGCCCAAUGAGGCAGUGCUCAGCCUCGCGCAACAUCCCAACAUAGUGGGGAUCAAGGACAGCGAUGGCAAUAUUACACGCUUGGGGCUGCUUGUCCACAAGACCCAGAAUGAAGACUUCCAGGUACUGGCAGGAUCAGCUGGUUUUUUGCUAGCCAGCUAUAUUGUAGGCGCUACAGGAGGAGUCUGUGCCCUUGCCAAUGUGCUAGGCAGUCCUAUCUGUCACCUUGAGCAUCUUUGCCAUGCUGGAAAUUGGGAUGAAGCCCGUGAACUGCAGCACCGAUUGAUUGAGCCAAACAUUGCAGUCACCCGGAAAUUUGGGGUCCCAGGUCUCAAGCAGGCCAUGGAGUGGUUUGGUUAUAAGGGAGGCUUCUGCCGUGCCCCCUUACUCCCGUUAACUGAGAUACAAGUAAUGGAAUUACGCCAUGAUUUCACCUCCAAUGGCUGGCUCUGAAGGACAAAGCAUUCUAAGCAGUGCCUGGAACCUUGCUGCGGGCAAUUACUGUCUAAUUGGGAAAAGCUCACAUCUUGCAAUUUACUUAAAUACAGCUCAUUCAACUCAUAGUAUUGGAGCAUUGCUAUAGCAACAAAACAGGGGAAUAAAAUCUUCAGAACAGCGCUUCAGAUGAGAAAAUGCUGCAUCUGUGUCUCAUGGCUGACUAGAAGCCCAACAUUCCUUUCCCACUUGGAAUCUCUCAAUUCUUACACGGCACACCUAUCUCUAGAAUACUGUCUUAACUAUAUUCUAUUCUCUUCAGCAUUUUCCUAUAUCUUGACCAGUUCUGGAAUCAUAGAAUGAUGAAAGGCUAAUUGUCUGGGUUCAGAAAUUGAAGAUAUAUGUAAUCUUAACAGUCCUAUGUAAAGGAUGGCAUCUAGUUCAUUUUUAUGAUUUACUAGGCAAAAUACCAUUUGCACCACUGCCUCCUGCACAGUAAAUUGAGUUUGUUGAAUAGGUUACAUGCCCUGUUGAACAACUGAAUGUCCUUGAGGUGUAUAAGAAUGUACAAUUGGUGACUGAUUAUAUGCCAUCAAGUUGUUUUUGGAUUCUAGCAACCACAUAGAUAGAUUUUCUCCAUUACAAUCUAUCCCUAACCUGUUCUCUGUAUAUUUAUGGUACUCACAGAAGCUAGAUCAGCAGAACUUAAGGAAUUUUAAAAAGGAAGGUGCUUUAUUUAAUACAGCACUACUGUAUAGUUCUGAGUCUUGCUCAUAGUCCUCAGGGACAGAAGUUUUACGGUAUAGUAUAAAAAUAUAAUCUUCAUAGUAAUUUUGCUUCUGUUACUGUCCCUAUUUUGCUAUCUCAAUAAUGGUGCAUUAUAUUUGGAAAGAGAAAGGGAGAAUCAUUCAACAGUUCUGCAUAUGGCUAUGUUUUUAGCUAAAGGAUAAGCACUCUAUGCCUAGUUGAUGGUACCACUUCUUGCUGUGCACCCAGAUCCAAAAUGACUAGAAGUGGAUAAUUGUGCAUACAUAGUCACAGCCUCAGCCCCAUUAGCUAUAUUUACGGCUGGUGGUCAGGGAGAAUAGAGCACCAGAAUUUAAUCAAGCUGUUUUGUAUUUUUGUAUAAUUCCAGCAGCACACAUGGAACUGUAAGUGUUAUGGAAAAUCUCUUCUUUAAGCUGAAAAAGGGAGAAAAAGUUGAAGUAGUCAACAAGGAAAAAAAAUGCAUUGUCUCAUUUACAGGUACUUAGGUUUAGUUGCACCAGUUAAUGGAAACUAACCAAUUGUAUCAAAAUUUUCUCAGAAAAUGUAGUUAUGAGGAAAGUAAAGGAAUUAAUAUUCUGCCAUUAUAGCAGGCAGUUGCAAACAAAAAGACCAGCAACAGAUGAAAAGCUUUCAGGGAGGGCAGCUUUGACAGUUGUAGAUAUUGGGGUCAAAGGAACAAAGGAAAGAAUGGAGAGGAAUAUAACAGAAUAGUAUUUGAAAUACCAGAGUAGCCUAUAAUGAUCUAAAUAAACUCAUUAGCUGCACUCACACAUCCUGCUUAACUAUGAUUUAACCUUGGUUGUUGGAUAAAUUAUAGUAGCUGAAUUCAUGCAACUUGCUUAGCCACAAGCAAAUAAAAUGGCAUCUUGGCUGAGUGUUGUGUUUGAAUCUACUUUUUAAAGCAAAUUCAUAUAUUCAAAGAUGGCCCAUUAAAUGUGUUGGAAGAAGGCA